AUGUUCCAGCCCGCGGCGGCGGCCAAGCGCUGCUUCACGAUCGAAUCCCUGGUGGGCAAGGACAAUAGCCACCCUCUGGCAGAGGAUUCUCUCCGUCCGGUCGCUGCCGCCGCCGCCGCCCUCGGAUACCCGGCCAGUGCCGCCGUCGAGGCCUUCGCCCACGGCUUCCAGGGCUCGGCCGCUGCCGGGCGUUCGCUCUACGGCGGCCCGGAGCUGCUCUUCCCGGAGACCGUGAGCCACCCCCCUGCUCUGGGCGUCCACCCGCCGCAGCUGGGCUCCUCGCACCUGCCGCCCUCGCCGCACCCCUUCUUCGGCCCGCAGCCGCGCGACCCGCUCAACUUCUACCCCUGGGUGCUGCGGAACCGUUUCUUCGGGCACCGCUUCCAAGGCGGCGAAGUGUCCCAGGAGAACCUGCUCUUGCACGGGCCCUUCGCCCGGAAGCCCAAGCGCAUCCGCACCGCCUUCUCGCCUUCGCAACUGCUGCGGCUGGAGCGCGCCUUCGAGAAGAACCACUACGUGGUGGGCGCCGAGCGGAAGCAGCUGGCCGGCAGCCUCAGCCUCUCCGAGACCCAGGUGAAGGUCUGGUUCCAAAACAGAAGGACCAAAUACAAGAGGCAGAAACUGGAAGAAGAAGGUCCCGAAUCAGAUCAGAAGAAAAAGGGAUCCCACCACAUCAACCGAUGGCGGAUCGCCACCAAGCAGUCCCACACGGAGGACAUUGAUGUCACGUCCAACGACUAGCGAGAGGCGGCAGCGGCCACUGGCAAGCAGGGCCAGAAAGGACCGUGUGGGAAAGCAAGGACCCCGUGGAGAUCCAGCUGCUCUCCCCUCCACCAGGGGUGUCCCUCUUCAUGGGGAAUCUGGGUGAUCUAGGAAAUCCCUUCUCUCCUGGGAUCUGCCUAGCUGCCACGGGGCAGAUGGGGGGACGGUGGGACAUGCCCAGCCCAGCCAGUGUGGAGGGCAGGGACGGAGGAAAGCCCUUCGCCAGCCACGUGAACAGAUCCAUCCACCCACCGAGCCCUCCGCCGCACUCCAUCCUCUCGUCUUUGUUACACUUGGGUGGGAUAAUUUUUUAAUCAACAAAAAGAAUGCAUUUUUAUUUUUAUUUAUUAUUUUGUGUCUCUGCGUGUGCUGGGCCUGUGUAC